UUUUCCCUUUCCUUCAAUUCCUGGUAACAGUGACACCGUGACCACGUGAUUUGGACGGCUGAAUAAAUAGCUUUUGAGAGCUAUGAAUGGGAAUAGUAUGAAGUUCACGCAGGAUACUUGCUCCGUGCCUGUGCGUAAAGAUAUUCAUACAGAUAUGCAACAGUAAACUAACGACCUAAAACACAAAUGAGUGCAAGGAAGAAACAUUAUUAUUGUAUAAAUGCUUGUAGUGGUCUUCAAGUAAAUAGCUUGACUGAAUUUUCCAUUCCAGUUUUGUUUUCCUGCGCUUGAAUUCAGAAGAGUUUCAUCCUCGGUGAAAGACACCACAGCCUCCAUACCAACUGGUUGGAGUGGCGUUACACCUGGAUCCAUGCGUAGUCUUGCUCUCUUCUAGAUUCCACUAAUGUUUCUAUGCAGCUUGGAGAAGUAAACAGGAGUUCGCUUUGGUCAUCUGAAGAGCGGUUGAGUGCUUUACGCACGGACUGAGUACACCCAGCUUGGGAGCUGAAAAGACUCGGCACGGAACGAGAGGAAGGAAGAGAACCAGUCUCUCCAAGGAUGACUCUAGGUACGGAUAUGUCCGACAACUCUGCUUUGUCUGAAGAUGUGGACAUAGAUGUGGUUGGGGGAGACAUCUCGGCUGGCAAGGAUGGGAAAUACCUUCAUCACGAUUUCCUGGACAAUGACUCGGACGAUAAUUUGUCUCAGAACGCGGGGGAGAGGGGUUCCUCCCCCAGCCUCAGCAGCUCCGAGUGUCCGGCUGACCAGGUUGGAGUUGGUAUAGAUUCAGGGGCCAUGAUAGGUGAUAAGCCUGGUAAGAACGCUCUAGUCAAGCCCCCGUACUCCUACAUAGCCCUGAUAACCAUGUCUAUCCUCCAGAGUCCCAAGAAACGUCUCACUCUCAGCGAGAUCUGUGAGUUUAUUAGCAACAGGUUCCCGUAUUAUCGGGAGAAAUUCCCCGCUUGGCAAAACUCCAUUCGUCAUAAUCUUUCUCUCAAUGACUGCUUUGUCAAAAUCCCACGUGAGCCUGGCAACCCCGGAAAAGGCAACUACUGGACCCUCGACCCGGAGUCCGCAGACAUGUUCGACAACGGGAGUUUUUUACGCAGGAGGAAGCGCUUCAAGAGGCACCAAGCCAACGAAAUCCUCAGGGACGCCGGGGGGUUCCUGCCCGGGUUUGGAUACGGCCCUUAUGGGUACAACUACGGACUUCAGCUGCAGAACUUCCAUGCACAUAACCCCUAUCACCCGCACCUCCCAGCAGGCGCUUUCCCUUUCCAGAAUACAUCUUGUGGAUUCCCCUCGCCAGCCUCAAUAUUCCCCACGCCACAUCCCCUGCCCUCUCUAUUAGGGGCUGAUUUACGAAAGCCAUUCUACCCUCAACUAAGCCCGACCUUGCCCGGCCUGGCGCCUCUCAAGACGGACACUAACACUCCGACUCGGCCCUCUUUCUCUAUAGACAAUAUAAUCGGUGCAGCUAACUCCGUGGCCUCCCCGUACAGCGCACAGUCGGGCAGCCACAGUCAGGCUCAGAUCCUGGCCAUGUUGAACCCUGCACUCGCCUCAGCUUCUAACCACUUGAACCUCUCGCAGGAAGCAAUGCUUCAGCCUGGCUUACAGACAUUCUCCAGCAAAACUACAAAUCUAAACAUGUGUCAUUUCUAAACUGGCAGCAAAAGCAAAACGUGCAGAAAUCCUAUUAAUCCAUUAUGCUUCUAUUCGUCUUAUGUGAAGGUAGGAUAAACAUUAUUUGAGAAAUAAGAGUGUUGCUCUUCCCGUUGUUUCUUAGAUCUGAUCGGAGAGAGGAAAGUGAAAAGGUGGCUAUAUUUAUGGAUUGUAAAUAUGUAUAGGAUACACUAAAUGGAAGAUUCAUGAUGAAGUCAGAAAACAAAUUCUAAGACAAUGUUGAGUGUAUUCGUUGGCCUACAUUGGCCUAGGCCCUCACCUAUCGCGAGCAAAGAUCCAGCUAUUUUAACGCAAGUUAAAUUUCAUGUAAUCUCACUGUGGGGAAGAUUUAAUUGUUUCUUAACUAUAAUUGAGAUUUUUAUUAUGGUUUAUAUUGUUUUAUAUAUAUUGUGUGCGUUGUGAAAUAAAGCACUGUUAAUAGGCUACCGAGACGCAAACUCAGGUUUUAAUUGUUAGAAAGCACAUUGAGACAAGGGGGGUUAUUUAAACAAAUCUAACCUUUCCCACUACCCCUCGUUCUCUUAACACCGGUGUUGUGGUGAAUUUGUAUGGAUAGUGUUUCAUGUUGUCAGUGGACAGAUAUGUGGUUUUGGUGUAAAGCGCAUUACCUCUCAUCCUGUUAAACUGUUGUGCUUUCGUUCCUGUCUAUUUCAUUGAAAUCAAUCAGUGAAACGUAUGUUAUGUGUACAGACAGACACUUAAUGUUCAUAGGUCAUUUUUUGUUGUAAUGAAAAUAAUAAUAAAUGUUUGUGAAUUUCA